GACCAGGUGCGUCUCCUUCUCCGUCCCUCCCUCUUCCAGGUCACAGGUACUCUCGGAAGCCAGACGCCCGUACAGUGACGGUGACCCCCGUGGGGAGCGGGGCGACGGCCCCCAGGAGAACGAUGGCCCGCGCCCGCCGCUUCCUGGCUUUCAUCUCCCCAGUCGCCGUGUGGCUCCUGUGCGCGCUCGGCCUCCAAGGCACUGAGGCCGGGCCGCCCGAGGGAGCCACCUGCAAGGACCGCUUUACCGCCAGGGUGCCUGACUUCGUACUGGACAUCAACGCCUCGGUCAGCAACGGGGCCAACUCCUGGGGCUCCCGCACGGUGCACCACAGCUGGGAUUGCGUGCUCGCCUGCUGCGAAACCCAGAACUGCAACCUGGCGCUGGUGGAGCUGCCGCCCGGCGGCGGGGAGGAUGCGGUCGCCACCUGCUUCCUUGUGGACUGCCUUUACGAGCAGAACUUCGUGUGCAAGUUCGCGCCCAGGGAGGGCUUCGUCAACUACCUCUCGCGGGAAGUGUACAGCUCCUUCCGCGACCUGCGCUCCCAGGGUUUCGGUGGGGCCUGGAUCCCCAAGGCCUGGCCCAGCACAGACCUGAAGGUACAGCCCCAGGAGCCUGUGGUGCUUAAAGAUGUGGAUGGUAUAGAUUGGCACCUGCUGCAGGGAGGCACGGAUGUCAGGGUCGAGAGAAACAGCCUGGACCAGGUGGAGCUGUGGGGACUCAAGGAAGGCACGUACCUGUUCCAGCUAACGCCGGCUGGCUCAGACCAGUCAGAGAACACAGCCAACGUCACAGUCACUGUGCUGUCCGCCAAGCAGACUGAAGACUACUGCCUCGCAUCCAACAAGGUGGGCCGCUGCCGGGGCGCCUUCCCCCGCUGGUACUACGACCCCACGGAACAGAUCUGCAAGAGGUUCAUUUAUGGAGGUUGCCUGGGCAACAAGAACAACUACCUGCGAGAGAAAGAGUGCAUGCUAGCCUGCCGGGGCGUGCAAGGACCCCUGAUGGAAAGGCACCAUCCAGUCUGCUCUGGCACCUGUCACCCCACCCAGUUCCGCUGCGGUGACGGCUGCUGCAUCGACAGCUUCCUGGAGUGUGACGACACCCCCGACUGUCCAGACGCCUCUGAUGAGGCCACCUGUGAAAAAUACACCAGCGGCUUUGACGAGCUCCAGAGAAUCCAUUUCACCAGCAACAAAGGGCACUGUGUAGACCAGCCAGACACAGGCCUGUGCCACGAGAGCAUCCCCCGCUGGUACUACAACCCCUUCACUGAACGCUGCGACCGCUUCACCUAUGGCGGUUGCUAUGGAAACAAGAACAACUUUGAGGACGAGCAGCAGUGCCUGGAGUCCUGUCGAGGCAUCUCCAAGAAGGACGUGUUCGGUCUGCGGCGGGAAAGCACCGUUCCCAGUGUAGGCUCCGUGGAGGUGGCCAUUGCCGUGCUCCUGGCCAUCUGCAUCGUGGUGGUGGUGGCCAUCCUGGGUUACUGCUUCUUCAAGAACCAGAGGAAGGGCUUCCACAGACACCGUCGCCACCCGCCGCCCACCCCCGCCAGCUCCACCAUCUCCACCACCGAGGACACGGAGCACCUGGUCUACAACCACACGACCCGGCCCCUGUGAGCCCGGGGCGCUCGCCAGCUCUCACCUGGCCCUGCCUCCUGCUUGCCGAGGCGGAGCCUGGGCCAGGGACAACUUUGGGGCCAGGCUCACCUGCCUGUUUCCCAGGCCCGCUGUGCCUCAGCCACCCGGGCUUCUGCCCCUGUGGGAAGAGUCCCAGCUGAGCCUAAGCCAGUUAAAGCCUAGGGCGCUGGCGGAAGCAGAAAACCCUGGAGCCCGGGGUGCUGUACGUACGUACAUAGGUACAUAUGUGACCAGCCUGCCGUCGUGCCUGCCUGCCUGCCUGCCUGCCAGUUCAGAGGAGGCAGGAGUUGUGUUUCCUGUACAAAGCCGCCUGCCCCCACCUGAGGUUUUGGGAAGGGGCCUGGGAUGGUAUCAGAAGCUGAACGCCCCAUCCCGUCCUCCGUAGCUGCUCCUUCCGCUCUGCCCAGCCCGGGGUCGGCAGGAAGGGCUUCCCCGGACAAUUCAUGCUGGAAAGAGUUGCUUUCAGUUUAUUUAAUGCCCUGGGGCUGGAUGCAGAGGGGAGGAAACAAAGUGGCUGUCCCCUCUUCCCCCUCAACCAGCCUGGCCUGGCCCCGGAGCCAGCAGCAGGGGCCCGCGGUGGUGGCCUGCAGCUCCUGCCCCCCAGGGUACUCCACGUAACACUCCCACCCUCUCCGCAACCUCCCGCCGGCUUCAGGCCUCUCAUCGAGCAAUAAAGCUGUUUU